GAGAAUCUUUUUAUACAUGGCUAGAAGGGCUUUGUCUUGAAAAACGUGUAUUCUAUAAACUUAUUUCAGGACUUCAUGCAAGUAUCAACUUACAUCUUUGUGCAAACUAUUUACUUGAAGAAACAUGGGGAAGACCUCGUUGGGGACCUAAUGUCAAAGAAUUCACCCAGCGUUUUGACCCUAGUGAAACAAAAAGUGAAGGACCAAGACGACUAAAAAAUUUAUAUUUCCUAUAUUUGGUGGAACUGCGUGCAUUGUCAAAGGUUGCAUCAUACUUUGAGCGUUCAGUUGUGGACCUCUAUACCGGAAAUUCACAGGAGGAUACAGAAACUAAGUCUCUCUUGUUAGAAAUCUUCCAAGAUACAAAGUCCUUUCCUAUGCAUUUUGAUGAAAAGUCCAUGUUUUCUGGAAACAAAAAGGAGGCCAUAUCUUUAAAGGAAGAAUUCAGAUUGCAUUUCAAAAACAUAUCUCGCAUAAUGGAUUGUGUUGGAUGUGAUAAAUGUCGGUUAUGGGGAAAAUUGCAGACUCAGGGUUUAGGAACUGCUUUGAAAAUCUUAUUCUCUGAAAAAGAAAUAAAGAAUCUUUCUGAGAACAAUCCAUCAAAAGGUUUUCAAUUGACACGGCAAGAAAUAGUUGCUCUUCUGAAUGCAUUUGGAAGACUUUCUACAAGUAUACGAGAGCUACAGAAUUUCAAAGUCUUACUGCAACAGAAAAGUUAACGAAGGCUUGGUACCUAUUGGUAGAAGCAGCCACCAAUUUAACACCAGGCAAAAUGAAGCCAAUCUGCAUACAAAACUGUUCUAGAAAGGCAAGAAUAUAUAUAUAUUUCCAACUUGAAUAUUUAAAAUAAAAAAGGUUAAGACAUUGGACAAAAUAUUUAUGUAUAAAAUACCUGGCUUUAAUUAUGUAAAUUAUGUUUGUUUUUAACUGUUUCACUGUUCUUACUCUCUACUACUUUUGUUUCAUUAUCAUUCAAAAGAAAUGUUGCCUCUCUUGCUUUACAUCAACAUGCAGGAACUUCAUCCAGGCUGCAUUGCUCACAUGGAAAAGAUUCUUGCAGCAUUUCCUAAAAAUACCUAGUGGAAAUGUGUUUUUUAUGUUUAUUUGGAGGAAUUGAUGAUAUGUAAGAAAAAUGCUUUCUUGCAUUUAUAUUUCAUUUGUUUGUUACAGUCUCUGUCAUGGCCAGUAAAUAUUUUAUUAAAAUAAGCCCCUUGGCAUCCAGGGGAACUAGUUAUUGGGGAAUCUCAAGUUAUUUUUGUGUUUGCCUCCUUGCCCUCUCCUCUUUUCCUUUUCCUUUUUUUCAUUUUUCUACAGCACAGCUGCUUUCUCUGUGAGGAGACAAAACUGGAUUAAAUUACUUUAUCAGUUUUUAUUCUGAGUGAAUGAUGAAAGGCUUUUCCCAUUAACUGCUACUACCUUAAAAAAAUUGGCUCAAGCUUUAGAGUCAUGGACUUUAAAUCUUCCAUUUCAAAAACCUUACAAAUUCCUCUUAUUCUGGUGCUCUUCUAUUCAAAUAAAAUAAAAUAAAAUAUUUUCACAGACAAAUGUCCAAAAGUCACUUCCAGAAUUCAACAGAGCACAUCCUAUCUAUGCAAUCUGUAAUUACACCUUUAAAAUAUAGUCUCUAAUAAAAUGUAAUAAAAUGGAUAUUCUAUACAUUUGUUCCUAAAUCUUUAACAACUAGUUAUCAGAGAACAGUUGCAGGUAAUAAACAUUUAAAUUCUUAAUCUGCAGUAGGAGGAAGUCUGCAAAUUGUGAAUGAGCACCUUAUUUAAAAACUGUUUGUAAUGUAAUAUUUGUAUUCUGUGAGGGAUGUUUGAAUGAAUGUCAGUUUAAGUACAAUAUACAGAUUUGUACAUAUUUUGCUUUGCUUUGAUAAGUAAAACAGUCUUUACAAAAUGAAUUAAAAGUGCUCUUAACAUCUUCUAAUUUAA